AGUCUCAGUACGUUCGUCGUGCCGUACACACUUGCGAGAGAUAAACGCUCGCCGGUAACACUCGCGCAACGAAUAUUUUGCGUAAGUGAUUUCACGCAAAACUAGUAAAUUGUGAGAACGAUGAAACGAAUAAAUCAAACGAGGUUGCCUUGGUCUUGAUUUUUCAUUGUGACUUAAUUUAAUUUGUGGCAAAUCUAUGAAGUCGAUUGAUAAAUUAGUUUGUUACGAGAAAAAUAUCUGCGCUGCAGAAAAUAAUUAAAUUAGAGCAUUACUAGUUCGCAUUCGGAACGUCAGAAAAAUGGGUGGCAGCGGACACAACAGAAGCCUGUUUACGUAUGACACGCUAGUGCACGCGAUAUCGGGUGCUGCGGGUAGCGUUGUCGCAAUGGCAGCCUUUUAUCCCUUAGACACCGUAAGAAGUCGUUUACAGUUGGAAGAAGGACGGCAAUCGAAAAAUACAUUAGCAACCAUACGAGAACUCAUUGCGAAAGAAGGACCGUACACAUUGUAUAGAGGUAUCGUUCCCGUUCUGCAGAGUCUAUGCGCGAGUAACUUCGUUUAUUUCUACACAUUCCAUGGCUUAAAGGAGCUGAGAAGCAGAAGGAACCAGACAGCUGGCAGUGACUUGCUUAUCGCUUCGAUCGCUGGUGUUAUCAACGUUCUCACCACGACACCCUUGUGGGUUGUGAACACGAGAUUGAAGAUGAGAGGUGUUGGAGGCGCUCCAGAAAGAAAUAACAACGAAUAUACUACUUUGUACGACGGACUCGUGCACAUAUGGAAGUAUGAAGGUUUGGAGCAGCUGUGGGCGGGAACAUUGCCGAGUCUCAUGCUCGUGACGAAUCCUGCCAUUCAAUUUAUGACAUACGAGAGUAUCAAGAGAAGGGUCAAUGCAUCUUUCAGCGGUACUCAACCACCAGCGUGGAUUUUUUUCGCUAUUGGCGCGAUUGCGAAAACGAUUGCCACGUCGUUAACAUAUCCCUUGCAGCUUGUGCAAACAAAAUUGAGGCAUGGACACAAGUUUCCUAAUCUACCUCCAAAUGCAGGCACGUUACAAAUAUUGUUCUACAUUUUAAAGAAGCAAGGGAUAAGUGGCUUGUACAAAGGGAUGGAGGCUAAACUUUUACAGACUGUUUUCACAGCCGCUUUGAUGUUCCUGGCUUACGAAAAAAUCGCGCGAUUUGUUUUCCGUAUACUUUUACACAGACCUGUUCUAAGAUAACGACUUAUCUCCACGGCGAAAUAAUAUUACAACAAAGUAAACUUAAAAAUCUUAAUCUUCAAGUCACAUUUUAUACUUUCCUAUAGAUUGUGACUUCAUGGAUAAAUGUGAAAAAUUAGUAUUAACAUUACUACAAUUAGAUAAUCAAUUAAAAAUAUCUAAAAAUUUAACAUUGCGGACAAAUCACGAGAAAUCUCGUGUUUAUUAUGUUAAUGCUUCAAGCGGAUCACACGAAUUCUCGUGUGCAAAUAUAUAGGACAUGAAAAUAUCUGGCCACUGAGCAUGGCUAGCAGUAAUAUAAUUAAUGUGUUAAUCUCUAAAAAAUCUUAUACAUAUAAUUCUUUUUUUUUCUAGUAUUAUUGAUAUCGUUAAAACUGCGAUAUUAACUAAUGUUUUAACGAGUAUACUUUAUAUAUUCAUAAUUAUCAUAAAAAAUAUGUAUAUUAAUGAUAAGAUUGUAUAUCAAAUUUUUACAUUGUGAAUGUGACCAUUUAGACACUAAUUAACAAAACGGAUAUGGUAGAGAUCGAAGAAUUUCGAUAAUCGAGUCAGCACUGAAAUGCGCGAUUAUCAUCAACCUGAUGAUAAAAAACUGUCAGAAAAAAACGGUUAAAACAUAGAGUUUGUAGAAAUAUCCAAGAAAAAUGUGAAUAUACUUGAGAUACUGGCGAGUUUAAGAAAAUCGCAGCAUUGUUUUAGAUCGCAACUUCAGUACAAGUUUUUACAAACGCGAAAAGCAAAUACGGGAAAAGAAAAUGAAGAAGCGGAAUGCGUAAAUGUCGCAACACGUCACGAUUACUCCCGCAAAAUCGAUCGCAAACGAUCCGAGGCGAUAUUAAAACUUUUAGCUAAACUUAAAAUACGCAAAUCAUCUAAAAGUCAACUGCAGAUUAAUGGUUGCAAGUCUAUGACUUCCAAGUAAGUGCUCGUAAAAAAAGAUAACGUAUCCAUUUUCUAUGUUGAUAAUAGAAACAUAAAUAGAACAGUG